CUAGUAUUUCUAAUCUAUUCCGUCAGUUUUUAAAUGGAAUUCUUAUUUCAUAUAUCUUAAUCUUUUUAUAAGACUGGAUAAAUUUGAACAAUUUGAUCAACAAUAUAAAUUGAUAAAGUGUAAUACUUUGUAUACCUAUUUAAAAAAUAAAUAUCUUCUUAGUAUUUAUUUGAACUUUAAAUUACCACUUCAUCUGAUUUAUAUCAAACAUAUCGAAGAUGACCGAAGUCAUGACCAAUGAAGAAAUUAAGCAGGAUCGUGUUACAAACAUUCUUAAUGGUUUUCAAGUGAAUUGGAUGAAUUUACGAGAUGCAGAUACAGGUAAGAUACUGUGGCAGCACAAUGAAGACAUGUCCAGUCCAGAUGUGGAGCACGAGGCACGGGUACCAAAGCGUAUACUCAAGUGCCGUGUGGUCUCGCGUGAGAUGAACUUCAGUUCUAUUGAAUCUAUGGAGAGAUUUCGUCUAGAACAGAAAGUAUUAUUUAAGGGCCGUUGUCUAGAAGAGUGGUUUUUUGAGUUUGGUUAUGUGAUCCCAAACUCCACUAAUACAUGGCAGUCAGUUAUAGAAUCUGCACCAGAAUCUCAGAUGAUGCCCGCUAAUGUACUAAAUGGCAAUGUGGUGAUAGAAACGAAAUUUUUUGAUGGUGAUUUGUUGAUUACGACUUCGCGAGUACGGCUCUUCUACGUUUGAAGUUUCUAAUAGAAUCAAGCAUUUCCUAGUCAUUUGCUUUUAAUGCAUUUUCUACACUUAACUGUUUAAUUUACUUACAAAAAAAUAAAUUCCUUUCAUUCUAAAAUUUCCACAAAAUUUGGCACACGGUGCUAGUGUUAUGAAUUUAUUUACAAAUUGUACUUAUACAUCAAUUUUAUAAUAAAUAUACGUCCAAAGAGUAUUUUAACUUAUGUAAAAUGUUUAGUUAAGAGUGCCCCUUUUGCCUUAAAACUGUGAUGCAUUUUCAUUCUUCUGAAAUAUGUAUAUUUUUAAUUUAUAAAACAGGUGAUAACUUUAUAUAUCAGUAACUUAUCAAGUUUUUUUUUAAAUGUCUGCACAUUUCUCGAUACAAAUUAAUAAUUUAAUUAAUUAAAUAAUUGUUGUGUCCUGUUAGUGAAAUUAUAUGUCCCAUAAUAUUAAGUAUAUUUAUAUCAUCGAUCAUUAUAACAAUUGAAUAACAUCCCACACUUAUGCACCAGUCUCUUCCCAUAAGAAUAUUUAUAUAAAAUAUAAAUAAGUUAGAUUGCCUGUACAAGCACAAACUGUGUGAAUGUAAUAUUUUUAAAAUUUUAUCUAAAGGUAUGUUAAUUGUUUAUUUGAUUAAUGUGCAGUACAACAAAUAUGUGAUGUCUAUAUUUAUUCCAAAAACAUGUGUCAUUGUACUGUAGGAUAAUAUAUUUUUUUUAAUUGAAGAAUGUUCUCCCCCCACAGAGACUGCCACUUACUGUAAAUUAAAGAUAAAUUGUUAAAAUAUACAUGCACUACUUUAAGCAUUAACAUUCCAUAUAAAUAAUAUCAAUUAGAAGUGGCGUCUAUCUAAAAAUGAUUAUAAUUAGUUUAUUAGUCAAUUACGUAUUGUGUUUGUGUUGACAAUGUCUUAUGUGUAAGUAUUUUUAUGUUUAAGUAUUAAAAUAAAAGUUUAUAAAUUUC